AUGUGGCCAGACCUUAUUGAUAAGUCAAAACGUGGAGGCUUAAACGUGAUCCAAACUUAUGUGUUUUGGAAUGUUCAUGAGCCUGAGAAAGGCAAGUUCAAAUUCGACGGCAGGUAUGAUUUGGUGAAGUUCAUUAAGCUCUGUCAUGAGAAAGGAAUGUAUGUGACCCUCAGGGUUGGACCUUUCAUCCAAGCUGAAUGGAAUCAUGGAGGACUUCCAUAUUGGCUAAGAGAGGUCCCUGACAUCAUAUUCCGUUCAAGCAAUGAACCCUUCAAGAAGCACAUGAAAGAAUACGUAUCAACUAUUAUAGCCAAGAUGAAAGAAGAGAAACUCUUUGCUUCCCAAGGAGGCCCCAUCAUCUUGGCACAGAUUGAGAAUGAGUACAACCAUAUCCAACUUGCUUAUGAAGCAGAUGGAGAUAAUUAUGUCCAGUGGGCCGCAAAAAUGGCAGUGGCAUUGGACGCUGGAGUUCCAUGGAUCAUGUGCAAGCAGAAGGAUGCUCCUGAUCCAGUGAUUAAUGCAUGCAAUGGAAGGCACUGUGGUGAUACCUUCACAGGACCAAACAAACCAUAUAAGCCUGCCAUAUGGACUGAAAACUGGACUGCUCAGUACAGAGUAUUUGGAGAUCCACCAUCACAAAGAUCUGCUGAAGACAUUGCCUUUUCAGUUGCCCGUUUCUUCUCUAAGCAUGGUUCUUUGGUCAACUACUACAUGUACCAUGGUGGAACAAAUUUUGGGAGAACAAGUGCUGCCUUUACAACAACUCGUUAUUAUGAUGAAGCUCCUCUUGAUGAGUUUGGUAUGCAGAGAGAACCAAAAUGGAGUCACCUGAGGGACGUGCACAGGGCUUUGAACCUAUGCAAGAAGGCACUGUUCUCUGGUGAGCCUACAACCAAAAGACUGAGCCAAUUUCAUGAGAUUAUAGUGUAUGAGAAGGCAGGAAGUGAUUCAUGUGCUGCUUUCAUCACUAACAACCACACCAAAGCGGAAAAAACUAUAAAUUUCAGAGGCUCGGACUAUUAUUUGCCACCACGUUCCAUUAGCAUCCUCCCUGAUUGCAAGACCGUAGUCUUCAAUACUCAAAAUAUUGUUUCACAACAUAGUUCAAGAAACUUCAAGAAGUCAAAGGUUGCAAACAAUCAUAAGUGGGAGGUGUUUUCUGAGGUCAUUCCAACUACCAAGCAAUUGCCACCAACUAAAAAACUUCCUGCAGAGCUUUACACCAUGCUUAAAGACACCACCGAUUAUGCAUGGUACACCACAAGCGUGGAAUUGGGUCCAGAAGACUUGUCAAGGAAGAAUGAUAUAUCCCCGGUUCUUCGUAUUAUGAGUCUUGGCCAUGCAUUGCUUGCCUUUGUAAAUGGACAAUACGUUGGAUCUAAUCAUGGUAGCCAUGAGGAGAAAGGUUUUGAAUUCCAGAAACCUGUAAACUUCAAGGUUGGAACUAACCAGAUAGCUAUCUUGGCUUGCACUGUGGGACUCCCGGACAGUGGAGCAUACAUGGAACACAGGUUCGCUGGACCCAAGUCUAUAACCAUCCUUGGUCUGAACUCUGGAACAAUUGAUCUCACUGUUAACGGUUGGGGUCACCAGAUUGGUCUCCAAGGUGAGAAGUUAAGCAUUUUUACUGAGGAGGGAUCAAAGAAAGUAGAAUGGAAGGAUGCCAAGGGAUCAGGACCAGCUGCCUCUUGGUACAAGACACAUUUUGCAACCCCAGAAGGAAGGGGUCCUGUUGCUGUCAAGAUGAAUGGUAUGGGGAAGGGAAUGAUUUGGGUCAAUGGUGAAAGCAUUGGUCGUCACUGGUUGAGUUACCUCUCUCCUCUUGGAAAGCCUACUCAGUCAGAUUACCACAUCCCAAGAUCUUUCCUCAAUCCAAAAGACAACUUGCUUGUUGUGUUUGAGGAAGAGGUAGCAAAUCCAGAAAAGAUUGUCAUUCUAAAUGUCAACAGAGACACAAUAUGCAGUUACAUCACAGAGAAGCACCCUCCUAAUGUCAAGUUAUUUGAGAGCAAGAAACAGAAAUUCAAAGCUCUUGCUGAUAAUCUGGGGCCAGAAGCUACGCUCAAGUGUCCAAACCACAAAACCAUUUCGGCUGUGGAGUUUGCAAGCUUUGGUGAUCCUGCUGGUUUCUGUGGAGGCUUUACUAUGGGCAAAUGCCAUGUACCUGCCUCCAAGCAGAUUGUUGAGAAGUAUUGCUUGGGAAAAGAAACUUGUACGGUUCCAAUGGACAGUAAAAUCUUCAACCCUGAUGGCCACGAUGCUUGUCCAAAUGCGUUGAAGGCACUUGCUAUACAAGUGAGGUGUGGUACCGCCCAAAAACCUGCCAGCAGCAACUUGCCAUCCUUCUUGGAAUGA